UAUAAGGAAAUCUGUGUUAAGCCGAUCCCCACAAGACAUUACAUCACUCUUGGUUUCGAUCGACGCAAGCGCAGACGCAAUGAAGAUUACAUUUAUUAUUUGCAUAUUUGUAUGCGUCGUCUGUGGAAAUGAGGAGGACUUUAGGGUCAUCGACUCUAUAAUUCAAGAGAAGCCGUGUGCAUCUCUAGGUGGCAUCUGUACAAUUGCCGCUGAUUGCCCAAAAGGCCAUUUGGCUGAAAAAAAAGAUCUUUGCCCCACACAGCGCAAACAAGGGAUAGAAUGCUGCCAUGGAUUAUCCAUAAAAGAAUUAAGAUGUGAGAAGAAUGGGGGCACCUGUAUAAAACAAAGUGACUACUGCAAUCCAAAACUCGUUUUCGAUGCUAUAGAUUGCCCGUCAGAUCGGAAGUGCUGUAUUCUUGUGUAAAAAAAGUAUUUAAAGAUGAAAAACAAAAUAUGUAUUACAUUUAUAUUAGUUUUGGAAAUUGUGAAAUACCUUUAAAAGUCUCCUUUGAACCUUCCUUUUCUAUACAUAGAAAUACUAUAUAUGUCGGAAAAAUUACAUUAUUGUCAGCUGUCAUUGUUACUAUUGAUCACAGAUUAACAACAUCAAAGUCCUUUUAGUUUUUAACUGGGGUUUAUACCUUUUACCUAUUUUGAAAGAUCUACAAAUUAACAACUAUUUGAUUUUUUUUACCUAACACCAAAUGCAUUGUUCGACAUAUAUAUACAUAAUGUAACAUAAAUCUUGCCAAGAAAUCA